UUUCCUCUACAAACAAUAAUGGCGUCGCACGGAGAAGAUACAGGUGCUAGCAAAUCUGCUUUUGGAGAGGACCAAGGAGAGAGAAAAACGGCGGCGGUGUCAUUUGGUUUCACUAAGACAGUCAGUAAACUUAAGCCGGCCACCGGCGGCACUGCGACUGCUAAAGUUGAAAGAGAUUAUUUGACUGGAAUUGACAGGAAUGAAUUGCGGAGUUCAAAACCAACCGAGAAGCCCAAGGAGCUCAUCAUCCCCCUGAUCCAGAAGAACCGCUGGAACAAGGCGGAUCGAUCGGGCCAGAGCGAGGAAGGGAACGGGAAGUCCGCGCCACCGAACCAGGACGGGGAUUCUGUGGAGUCUCAGGCUGUGAAGGAACUGAUUGAAGAUUCGCGGAGGCAGCUUGACCUGUGGCAGAAUGGACCUCAGUCAGACAGCAAUCUCAACCUCUCCAUCCCUCUGCUGAUGCAAAACAAGGUGCCGGAGGGCUUUGAGGAUGGAGACCAAGUAAAGGUGGACCUGCGGCCUGAAUCUUCGACAGAGGCAGACUAUGAGAGCAUUCCUGUUGAGGCCUAUGGGCUCGCUAUGCUGAAAGGGAUGGGUUGGAAGAAAGGAGAGGGGAUCGGACGGACAUUUAAACAAGACGUGAAGCCGAUCGAACACCAGCUCCGUCCAAAAGGGCUAGGCCUCGGAGCGGAUCGUUCAGCAAUAAAGGAUCUAGAGCCGAGCAAGCGUCGGCGUCCCCCGAAGCCAGGCGAGGAGCAAGCCAAAGAAGAGGAGUUAGUGAUGGCUCCUGGAGGAUGUGUUUUGGUGGAAUCAGGGGCCCAUAAGGAACUUUACGGCAAAAUUGAAGGUGUAGAUGCAGACAAUGCUCGGGUCUUAGUCAAGCUUGCUAUCGGCGGGAAGACGGUGACAGUCAGCCAGUAUGGAGUUAAACUGGUCGGAAGGAAAGAAUAUGAAAAAUACAGCAAAGACCUCAGCCGGCUCAGUAAGGCCCACAAAGACAAGCAAAAGGAGAAAGAGCGACAGAGACUUGAGGAGAAAGACAAGAGUAGCGGCAGUAACAAAGUUAAACACAAGUCAUCUGAAAGGGAUGAAGCCAAAGAUGAGAGGAAGAGGAAACACAGAGAGUCGAGUCAAGACAGAGAUAAGCCACCAGUGAAAGAAGCGAGGCAAACAUCAGCUCCCCCUUCCUGGCUCCAGAGAGACCUGAAAGUCCGCUUUAUAGACAAGGCUUUUAAAGGUGGCAGGUACUACAACUCAAAGAUGCGAGUGGAGGAUGUCCUGACGCCGUUUACCUGCGUGUGUCGAACUGAAGAGGGAAGACUGUUAGACGACGUGAAGCAGGACAUGUUGGAAACCAUCGUCCCUAAAGGAGAACAUGAUGCUGUAAUGGUUGUACUGGGUGAGCAGAGGGGACAGGUCGGUCGUAUUCUUCAGCGGGAUAAGAACAAGUGCAGGGCGAUGGUGCAGCUCGACAGAUACGAGGAGAAAUUAUUUACUCUGGAUUAUGACUCCAUUUGUUACUAUGUGGGAGCCUCAGACCACUGAUCUCAAACCUGCACUCUGGGAACUGUACCUUUUAAUCCCAUCUCAUUCUUUUCAAAUAUUCAAAAAUACAUCUUAAAUCAUUGUAACUUUUUUAAUUAAAAAAAAAAUGACAUCAAAAA